UGACACGUCAGUUCUACUCGGUCUUCUUUCAGCGCUCCGACUAGCUYUGUUCUUACCUGAAUUAAAUGAUUUCUAUGAGUUUUAAAAGCAACAGGAAAUAAAAAGUCCUUCAUCACCACCAUGGCUUCUCGAGCUGGUCCGAGAGCGACGGGCACAGAUGGCAGUGACUUUCAGCACAGGGAGCGCGUCGCCUCUCACUACCAGAUGAGUGUAGCUCUGAAGUCUGAAAUCCGUAAACUCAACAUUGUCCAUCUAUUGAUCUGGGUGCUGAUGGCUGCUCAGGUGACAGUGAGCCAGCUGAGUCUCGUCUCUCACAAGGUGGUAGCCUCUCCAUACCAGUGGGAGUACCCCUACCUCCUGAGCAUAGUCCCCACAGUCUUCAGCUUCCUGGCGUUGCCUCGCAACAACAUCAGCUACCUGGUCCUGUCCAUGAUCAGCGCCGGGCUCUUCUGCGUGGCGCCGCUGAUCUACGGCGGCAUGGAGAUGUUCCCCGUGGCCCAGCAGCUUUACCGGCACGGCAAAGCCUACCGCUUCAUCUUCGGCUUCUCCGCUGUGUCGGUGAUGUACCUGGUGAUCGUCAUCGCCGUGCAGGUGCACGCCUGGCAGAUCUACUACAGCAAGAAGCUGCUGGACCAGUGGUUCACCAGCACACAGGAGAAGAAGAAGAAAUAAACUUCUGAGACGUCCCAGUAGUUCGGACAAGUUGGAGCUGAGGAUUUUUGUCUGAACUAUUCGAGGAAAGAGACUCAAAGAAGCUGAUUUUUCCCUCCUUAUAUAUUUGUCGGUGAUGAUUUCAUUGUUUGGAGGAAGAAAAAAAAGUUUGGACUGUGUUAAUUGUUGCCUUCGCUGUACAUGAGUUUCCCUGUCAUUUCAUUCUUUGUUUAGAGUCCAAACUGUAAAACUGCAAGAAUACAAAAGGACAACAGGUCAUCAGAUGCAUCCGAUUAAACCAAGAAUCAGCAAUGGAUGCAAUUCACCAAGUUGGUUUGUUACCAUCACCUUUAAUGUGCAAUAAAAUCACUGAAACGUCAUCAAAUACAUUUUGAAAAAACAUUUACCCUCACACCAAAUCCCACAACCUGUGACUAUUAUAUUGUUUUAAAUCUGCAGAAUUUUCAAAAUAAAAACAGUCAAAAAUA